AUGGCUUCGUCGCGGGAUUCGCAGCAAUCGCUGCUAUCGAAAGAUUCGAUCGAUGCCGCUCGACCCCAACGUUCUUGGAAUCCACUUGACAAUCGCCUAACCGAUUCCGACUAUCGCUAUCAUGCCCCCUCAGAUAGCACCAGCUCCUGGUCCGAAGAAGUCCUGCGCGAUGUUGGCCUGGGAAUCUCGAACCCGUCGGGCGAUGCCAUCCCGGCAGAAAUCCCGGCAGACAACCGCCAUUCAACCGAUAGCACUGCGACUACGACUCCAAAUACCUACAAGAUUCCCCAAUCUCCCGAGUCUCCGCAGACUCCACAUACCCACGCCCACGUGCGGUGUCCCAACCGAGCAACUGUUCUCCAGAAACGGCUCUCGUGGGUCCCGCUGACAGUCCUGGUUCUCGCUAUCUAUGCCACCAUCUUUUCGGGCAUCUUUCUCGGUAUUGCGCUGCGCAAGCCCCGAUGGCACAGGGUCUCAAUUGAUGGGCCGUUGGUUCCAUCUACGGCAGCUUUGCUGAGCGCAUUCUUUGCGAAAACGAUCGAGUUGUCCUAUGUUACGAUUUGCGUCGCGUUUCUGGGACAGGUGCUUAGUCGGAGGGCUUUGAUGAAGGAUUCUCGGGGAAUUAGUAUCUCGGAUAUGAAUAUGAGGGCCUGGAUUAUGCAACCUGGAUCGAUGAUUGUGCAUUGGGAGGCGCUGCGAUAUUCGGCCCUCACUUUCCUCGGGUCAGUUGCGCUGGUUUCAACGUUCGUAGCGAUGCUGUACACCACUGCGGCGCAAGCUUUGGUUGAUCCUAAACUUUCUUUUGGUCCUAUUGAACCAAGGACACUCCAGGGCAAGGUAACCGCCAGCUUCGCAAACCCCGAAUACAUCGCAUCGACCUGUGAGACACCCGUCACCAACGACAUGGACCCCGUGUAUCGCAACACAACCUGCCUCCAGAUUUUACACGUUGGCCAGGCAUAUCACAACUAUCAAGAAUGGAUAGCCCAAUGGAGCCAGCUAGUAACCAGCAAGAACGAAACCUCCAGCCAACUCCGAAAGCGCCCACCGCCAACAGGCUCACUCUGGGACAACACCACAGUAACAGGCAGCUGGGUCGACAUCCAAGACAUGUCCACGCUCUCCAAGAAACACAACCGAAUGGUCAACAACAUAACAAUGGCAAUGCCGCACGGCGGCAUCCCCGCCGCAGCAAUGAACUCCCAAAACAGACUCAAACAACCCAAAGGCACCUCCGGCGAAGGAAAAUACAUCAUCGAAGCCUCCGUCCCCUCCCCAGCCGUCAAUGUUCUCUGCACCGGAAUGACAAAAGAAGAGCUUAGCCCCUUAGUCUACGCCUCCUGGCCCGGCGGCGACAAAUUCAACGUAACAACCUGGAAUUUCUCACCCCCAGACGACAUCCCCCACCCGGCAGAUUGGAAAAACAGCACAGUUGUCGACUCACUCUUCGAAUUCGGUCCCAAACACAGCCAAGUCUCACCGAUUUUCGGCAAAUACCCACUCCCAUACAACACAAUCCUCAACACAACAGGUGUCUGGCCCGCAGACGCGAUCUACCUUCUCGGCGCAACCAACGACACCGACAUGCCAGAGUACAUUAUGUGCUCUUUGCGGGCGAAACAAACAGGCGUCUGCUCGACCAAGUACUCCGCCGACACAAGCGGCGCAUCCCUCAGUACGGACUGCGAGAACGCCUCAAACGGCCUACAAUACGACCGACGACAAGACGCGUUCUACGAGGGUAUUUGGGAUCCAGACUGGAAGAAUAUCGCGUCAGAGUGGGCGAAUGCGCUCAGUUUGAAUGCGGGUAUUUCAGACGGCGCGGCUAGCAAUGCCAGACUGCUUAUGCAGAUGAUGCCGCGGUAUGACAAGACCGAGGAGACUUUCGCGCUGGACCCGACUCUACCAUCUAUCGCGGAGGCGUUGGCGGUGAUGGCUGGAAGUACUCUUAUUCUUAGUUCUCAGAAUGCGCCGUUCGUCCCGUUCUGGAAUUACAGUAUCGGGAAUGUUCUUUCCGAGCCUGUUUACCAGAUCUUCAAUGCUUCUAUCCGGGCUGUUGGGUAUGCUUCCGGUGGGACGGAGCAGUGGCAGGGGAUAUUCUACGUGAUUCUCGUUUUUGCGUUCUUGACCAGUGCUAUCUGUCUCGGGUUUAUGAUUGUCGAGGCGCGCGGUCGACAGGUGACUGAUUUCACAGAGCCGCAGAAUUUGUUCGCGCUUGCUGUGAAUAGUCCGCAGACGAGUCAGUUGGAGGGUGCUUGUGGGUGUGGGCCUUGGGGGAAGCAGUUGAAGGAGAGGUGGUAUAUUGGGAUGGAGGAGGAUGAUGAGCAUUAUUACAUUCGGACUAAGACCGAGGAGAAGAUUCCGCUUCUUCGGAAGACGGAUUCGACACGGUUGGAGCCGAUGGAGAUUGAGGAUGGGGGUGGGAGGAUGCUUAGUCCUAUGGUUAAUGAGUUUAGGAAGGUUUCGAAGAGGCAUUCGUUUUUGGCGAAGCUUUAUUGA